CCGUUUAGGGCAUUCGAUCUCUCUCCGCCGUUAACCUCUCCGUCACCGACAUUUUCGCCGCCGUCUCGGUCGUGCCGUCGGUUGUCUCCUCCUGUAAGAUGGCUAGAUGGGAUCAGAUUUUCUCUCUGCCUGUGCAAAACCCCACUUCAUUGGAAUUUUCUUCUGCUGAUCUUGUUUGGUCCAAGGUCGAAGGUUACCGAGAUAAUAUUGAUAGAGUUGCCCUCAUCCCGUAUACCCGAGUUGACGAUUUUGUACGAGGUGAAUCUUCAAAUAAAGAUUGCCCCACGAGUUUUCAUGUCGAAGCAAGACGAAGGAAAUCCGUAGAGAAGAAUUACAAGCCUAAGGUUGAUGGCAUCUUGGAGUAUAUUCUGUAUUGGUGUUCCUUUGGACCAGAUGACAACAGGAAAGGCGGAGCUGUACGGCCAAGUAGGAGCACAUACGUUAGAAAGAAGAAUAAUGCUGGCCGACCCAAUUCCAAAAGAGGGUGCAGGUGUCACUUCAUUGUGAAACGUUUAAUUGCAGAACCAACAGUGGCUCUGAUAAUUUAUAACAAUGACAAGCACGCAGAUGAAAAAGGAUUGCCGUGUCAUGGGCCACAAGACAGACAGGCUGCCGGAACAAGAGCCAUGUUUGCGCCAUAUAUAUCAGAAGAUCUUAGGUUACGUGUAUUGUCUUUGCUUUAUGUGGGUGUCUCUGUGGAGACCAUAAUGCAAAGACAUAAUGAGUCGGUGGAAAAACAAGGUGGUCCAAGUAAUCGAGAUGAUUUGUUAACCCACAGAUAUGUUCGGAAACUAGAGAGGAGUAUCCGACGUUCAACAUAUGAGCUCGAUGAGGAUGAUGAUAUCAGCGUCAAUAUGUGGGUCGAAAGUCAUCAGAGUCAGGUGUUUUUCUUUGAGGGGUUCUCUGAUUCAGACCCUUUUACUUUGGGUAUCCAAACUGAGUGGCAGUUGCAGCAGAUGAUUCGAUUUGGCAAUUGCAGCCUUUUGGCUUCUGAUUCAAGGUUUGGGACGAAUAAACUCAAGUAUCCUAUACAUAGUUUGGUUGUCUUUGACUCGGAGAAUAAGGCUAUUCCAGUAGCUUGGAUAAUGGCACCGAGAUUUUCUGGUGGAGAUACAUAUAGAUGGAUGAGAGCGCUUUAUAAUCGAGUCCAUGCCAAAGAUCCCUCGUGGAAGUUGGCUGGGUUCAUUGUUGAUGAUCCUUUUGCUGAUGUCAUUACAAUCAGGGAUGUCUUUCAGUGUCCAGUUUUAUUGUUGUUUUGGCGUGUUCGCCAUGCAUGGCAAAAGAACAUAUUCAAGAGAUGUGCAGAAACAGAGAUCCGUGUCGAGAUCUCAAGACAACUUGGACAUGCCGUAGAUAAAAUCUGCAGAAGGCAAGGAACAUUCUCAUUGUUUGAGGAUUUUUUGGAAGAUUCUGUAGAUAGCUCGGAUUUCAUGGAAUACUUUAAAGCUGUGUGGUACCCUAGAAUAGGGGCAUGGACAACUGCUCUACAAUCUCUUCCCUUGGCAAGCCAAGAGACCUGUGCAGCUUUGGAAUUUUACCACUUUCAGUUAAAGUGCAGGCUGUUGAAUGAGAGGGAGCCCGAUAUCUAUCAACGUGUUGACUGGUUGGUUCAUAAGUUAGGCACGAAAGUACAUUCCUACUUUUGGCUUGAUGAAUAUUCUGGGAAAGAAAAUUUUGCAAGGUACUGGAAAGAGGAAUGGGUGAGCGGGUUGACUUCUUUCCGCAAAGCAUUGAGCAUUCCGGAUUCUGAUGUUGUAAUCACUGACAAAUCUGCAAAAAUCACAGAUGAGAAUGAUCGUGAUAAAGCUUAUAUUGUAUGGAAUCCUGGGUCACAGAUUGGCAUUUGCACUUGCAGCUGGGCUGAAAGGGGUUACAUGUGUGAGCACAUUAUCAAAGUAAUGAAAUUUUGCCGUCGUAAUGGUUCCACUGUGCCGUCUGCUAGCUUUCUUCAGUAUUGUCAGACCUUGAUUGAUCUGCUUCACUGCCCACCUCGUGAUUCCUUGUUUCGUGACUAUUCAGUCUCUUUAGCUGUCUCCGUGGAAAAGCAAAUAAAUACACUCAGGGUUCUACGAAGCAGUGAUACUGGGGAAGAGACCGCGUGGAAAGAGACAUCCAACACGGAACAAGGUCGUGGAUUAUUACUUGACGAAAUGAAUUCUUUAGAUAAACAAGAGGUGGUUGCCAAUACUGAAAGUCUGGGCACCGAGAAAGGGACCGGACGUUUGGGCACUGAGAAAGAGAGUAAAACCAUGGAGUCCAUGGAAGAUGGUAACUCAUCCGAGAAACCUUCUGCAGUUGCCAACACUUCCUAUCCGAAUUGUGAGGAUGUUAUGGAUUCUCAGUCAGAAACACCAUCUGCUCUCUCUCGGGAAACUGAAUCUAUUGAGCAUCCACCUAGCUAUGAACCGCCUCUAAAAAGGUGUAAGCAUGGUGAAUUUGACAAUAGAAAACCGGUUGAUGACCAAAUUGCGGUGAUUGGCGACAUUGGCAAUAUCCCGAGUACACCUUUGCCGGAAGGAGAGUCACAUGAUUCUGAUGCUGUUCAGAUGAUAGCUAAUAACGAAGUUGAUGGUUAGAUCCAUCCCUCUCGGAGAGUUUCAGAGCAAAGAUCAGACUAGAAAUACGCUAUUUCAGCUUGUGUGUACAUGACAAGUUCAAAGAAAAUAUAGCUUCUGCAACUCAGAACAUGACAGUGAACAACGUUUGAGAAUAUCAAAACUCUUCAGGCACAGAAUGACGUGGGUUUUGGCAUUCAGGGUGAAGGAACAAAAACUCUCAAGUUAAUCCGGUUAGUGUCUCUCUCUCUUUGUGUUUCUUCUAUGGAUAGAUAUCAAACCGAUCUUACCGUUGCUUUGAACGGCGAAGAAAGGGAAAAUGGAUUUCGAAUUUCAAUCUUGAUGAGCCCAUCUUGGCCACUUGGUGUUUGAAUCUCCGAACAUGACAGUGCUCAGGAGGAGUUGGUCUGGUAGUACAUAAUUGAAACUUGAAAGGCUUGGACAUCCACAUGAUAAGGGGAUGUCCAGGUACCCUGGGUACGAGAAACGGAGUGACGUGUUUGUCUGGAACUAUAAAACGGCACGCAUGUGAAGUAGGCAACAUAGAAACGUACCUAUGAUUUUGUGUUUUGUGCUCUUUUUCACCUUUUUUUUUAUAUAUAGUUUAUUGCGUUUGAUUGAUCA